UGCAUUUGACCCGCCACAUUGAUAUGUACAUUUUUAAAUUUCUGAAAAUAAACAUAUUUUCAUAUGUAUUUGGAAAUUGAAAAGCAUGGUCAGUGCGUAUAUCCACGCAAACCAAUUUAUAAUUUCAUCACUUUCCUCCAAGCGGAUUUGCACACUAUGCGAAACCAAACACUGGCUAGCCAGGGUUAUCAGCGACAUCCAGCAUAACGUUUGGGAACACACUCAACAUUACCUCCAUCAUCCUCACCUCCAUCACAUCUUUAAGAAUAAAAUUAUAAUCUCGACAGUGCAAAAUUAGUUCUUGGAUAAAUCAUGAAUCCUACUCCGUAUAAAAUCGCUAAAAUUUUGCACGACGAUUACAUUGUAUUAAAAAAAUGGAAACAAAUUGGCUAUGAACUUGAAGUUGAAGAAGAAAUUAUGACCAAUGUAGAAGAGUGGAAAUAUACCGGCAAAAUGAAAAUGGUCGAUAUUCUAACAGUUAUGUUCGUAGAAGCAAUGAAUGUAAAUGAAAAUUAUGUGGAAAGCAUACGGAAAGCCUUGAACGAAACCAAAUGCAUGCUGGCACUUGGUAAGCUUGACAAAAACUUGAAGACGGAAGAGAAAAAAGCCCCGCCUCCUACAAAUUCCGUCACGCCAACCCAGCUUCCUGAUGAGGUCGAUGGGGACGAUGACGAUGUGAUUGACUUGACUGAUGAGUAUAAUCCUUUACAAAUCCAAGUAAAACUGGGUGCAGCGUAUGGCAGCGUGGAAGAGGGGUCCUGUAUGCUCACCUCCCAACCGAGAGGGUACGUACUGAUGGUGAAUAAUAUCAAGUUCAAUGAUCCCGCCAGAUUUCGCUAUAGAAUAGGAGCCCUGUACGACUCGUCUUACGUGGAAAAACUCUUCCCCGAGUUAAAAUUUAAAUUGGACAUUCACGAAAAUGUUGCAAGCAAAGAGGCCUUGGACAAAAUAAUUGAUCACUUUCGACAGAAGUGUAUCGAUGAAAAUGCGAAAACAUGCAUCGUAAUAAUUUGCAGUCACGGGGGGAAAGACGUCAUCUAUUCGUGUAACGGGGACCCAUCCAAUAUUUAUGAAGAUAUCGUGUACAAAUUUAAAAACGCUUUGGACCCUGAGAAAGAUAAGAACCUUGGGUUGAAGGACGUUCCCAAAAUAUUUAUUCUGAACGCUUGUCGAGGCAGGAGUUAUUGGGAGGAUGACUCCGUCCGAGGAGAGGAGAAAAGGCCAGUAAUGAUUUCAUACCAGUUUCCCAGCUGUGUACAGGAAGGUUUAGAUGUCAGGUACAAAAGAUUGAAAUGCCAACGAUGAAGAAUAAAAGAAAUGUUACGCAAGUGUGUACCUGGUCCCCAUUUCUGUUUCCGCGUGUUUACUUCAAUCCGGACUUCUGAAUCUGGAGAUAUCUACGUGAAGAUUAUCCUUCGCAAGGGCUUACGUUAUGUAUUCAUCUUGAAGAUGUAAUUUUUCAACAUGGUUGACGAAUUUGUAAAUACAUAAAUCAAAUUUUUCAUUCGUGCUAAUAAAUACAUUUUAAUCUUA